CUCUUUCUCAUCGAUCUUCAUCUCUUUCUCUUCUUCGCUCUUUCAUUGCCUUCGAUCUAUUUCUAGGGUUUCUAUCGCUUCUAAUCUUCAUCUCCGGCGGCUAGAUCAGGGCUAGCGUCGCCGGAUCAGAUCGAUUCCGACCGGAUUCCGGCGUGGCUCAAGGCAAUUUGGUGUGAUUGGUGCGUCUACCGAGUAAUUCAUCACCAGCCACCAUGUUUCUCUUCGAUUGGUUCUAUGGCGUGCUUGCAUCGCUUGGAUUGUGGCAGAAGGAGGCGAAGAUCUUGUUUCUCGGUCUUGAUAAUGCCGGGAAGACGACGCUGCUCCACAUGCUCAAAGAUGAGAGAUUGGUGCAGCACCAGCCAACGCAGUACCCAACAUCGGAGGAGCUGAGUAUUGGGAAGAUCAAGUUCAAAGCUUUCGAUCUUGGUGGCCAUCAGAUUGCUCGCCGUGUCUGGAAGGAUUACUACGCCAAGGUGGAUGCUGUGGUUUAUCUGGUGGAUGCCUAUGACAAGGACAGGUUUGCAGAGUCAAAGAAGGAGCUAGAUGCGCUCCUUUCGGAUGAUUCACUGGCAAAGGUACCUUUCCUUAUACUGGGGAACAAGAUCGACAUCCCAUAUGCGGCAUCAGAAGAAGAGUUGCGCUACCAUCUUGGCCUUAGCAAUUUCACAACAGGCAAAGGUAAGGUAAAUCUUGUCGAUUCCAAUGUCCGGCCUCUCGAGGUCUUCAUGUGUAGCAUUGUUCGUAAAAUGGGCUACGGCGAUGGAUUCAAAUGGGUCUCCCAAUACAUCAAGUGAAAGAACUUAACCUUAUUUUGUAAAGCCUUGUUGGUGAAUGGUGAAAAAAAAAACACAACAUUGCAUCAUUAUUUAUUCACCUUCUUGCCCAGUAUUUCAUGUCUUCUUCACCAGCUCCCAGUGGAAAUAUUCAAUGGGAUGGCCACCAAAGAGAACAAAAAAAGAAAAACAUUGUAGAAGUUUGAAAUGUAACUUUUUAUUUAUGGUUACUUAUUUGUUUGGUUCA